AUGUCUGGCGCAAACUUUAUGGCAAAGAUGAAGUCCGCGUUCAGGAAGGAGCGCGAGGAUUGGGACCUCAGUGACACCGCUCCUUUUGAUUUUUCGGAUGAUCUUGUAGAAGAUGAAACGCCCAAAUUUAACAAAUUAAAGGUAGUUGUCUCUGGAGAAAUGGACGAUUACUCAGCUGGCGCUGCAUCUAAUGGAAUAGCUGUUGUAGAGGAUGAUGACUCGCUUCUCGAUUCAAGUCUUGGGAGCCCAGGUUUGAAUAUGGACUCCUGCGAGAGCUGUUUGAAGAGAAAGGAGAGGGUGAAACAACGGAGGGUGAUGAAGAAGCUUGGUUGUGCCGCUGUAUUGUAUUUCCUUUUCAUGAUAGGAGAACUCGUGGGUGGUUAUGUCGCCAAUAGCCUGGCAAUCAUGACUGAUGCACUUCAUAUGUUGACGGAUCUUAUUGGAAUCGUUGUGUCUUUGCUGGCCUUGUGGCUUUCAGCAAAGCCUCCGUCGAACAAAUUCACCUUUGGAUUGCAUCGCUUGGAGGUGGUGUCAGCAGGAAUCAGUGUAUUGCUUAUAUACAUACUGACUGGAGUGUUACUGAACGAAGCUGUGCAGAGGUCCAUUCAUCAGGACUUCAGCAUAGAUGGAGACGUUAUGCUCAUUACAGCUGCAGUUGGAGUUGCAGUCAAUCUAAUAAUGGGAUUCCUGUUGAACCAGACGGGACACCUCCACUCGCAUUCCCACGGGGCCCCUCAGCCAAGCCAGGCCCCGGCCCAUGGGCAUGGGCAUGGGCACGGUCACGGUCAUGGCAGCCUGGCAAUGAGGGCUGCAUUCAUCCAUGCACUGGGUGACCUGGUUCAGAGCAUUGGUGUGCUCAUCGCAGCCUACGUGGUCCGCUUCAAGCCUGAAUACAAGAUGGCAGACCCUAUCUGCACUUAUGUGUUUUCUGUCCUGGUGCUUUUCACCACUGUGAGAAUCAUAAGAGACACCGGGGUUAUUGUACUGGAAGGGACUCCAAGGCAUCUGAACGUGGCGCGCAUCAGGGAGGACUUGUUGAAGCUGGAGGACGUGCAGUCAGUGGACGAACUGAACAUUUGGGCGCUCACCGGAGAUAAGACAGUGGCCCUUGUCCAUCUCCAGCUGUUGCCAUCUACCAGUGGGAACUGGGAGGAGGUCCAGGCGAAGGCCAGACACCUGCUGCUGCACACACAUGGAGUGUCUCGGUGCACAGUCCAACUCCAGUGCUCCAGGCUCAGGGCACUAAACACAUGCACAAACUGCCAAUCUCUCAGUGCCUGAACACACACACACACACACACACAUGCGCGUACACACUCUCCUUCUUUCAUACAGAGCAUAUGCUCACACCCCAUAGCACACACAUUGGUGCAGCUUUCAGACCAUGCAAGUUAUCUCAGAACUGCAGAUCAUAUGAAUGUCUUCGAAGCUGCUCUGAAGCUGUGGACAUGUAUUAUGCAAGGAAGUGGAAUCAUUUUUGCAUUGGAAGUGCCAAAGGAUACUAGUCUGGGUUCUGUCGAUGAACGCACUUUUUUUAAAGAAAAAGAAAACACUGCAUAUUCUUCCCAGGUUUUUAAAAACUGAUACUUGCAGAGCUUUUGUAAAAUAAAAGAAUAAAACGAUUCAUUUUUGAUAUGUUUAAUACAAAUAAACUUCAACUAAGUACAUGUUUAGUUGUUUUGACAUAGGAGGAAAAUAAUGGUAUCACAGUCAUAGUCUGUGGGAUUUUCUUUCUGUUUUUUUUUUUUAUUGUGUUUUUAUUUUUUUUGUUAUUGUAUAUAUUAAUUUGGGUUAUUUUAUUUUGAAGUUGUGUGAGUGUGUGGCUAGUAAAAGGCUCUUAAAGUCAAGUAUAAUGUGUGAGAAAGUGUCCUUUUGAAUUUUUAUUGGGUGUAUCUUGUCCUUUGGCCUCAAGGCGAACCUUCCUCAUGCAGAUCUGCAUCUUUCUUCUCUCAUGAUGUCUCAAUUGUAAUUUGCCUUUGUUUUCACACUAACUGACUAUCAUUUGUUCUCUUUUUUUCCAUGGAAACAUAUUCAGAGACUAUGGAAGUUCAGUGCAGUAUUAACCAGACAGAAAAAAAAACAAAAAACACAGAAAGGUGAUUAUGAAAGACAUGCUGGCUUGGUUUUGAAUGACCCAGUGUCAUCAUUUUCUACUGGUUUGAGGCCUGUGGAUUCCGGUCAAGUGACUUGAAACAGAAACUCUAGCAUCACUAUAUCAUGCACAGCAAGUGAGUGCAUCCUCGUCAAUGCAGUGUUGGCAGUUGCUCAUUGUUUCUUUGGAGGCGUGUUGAGUAAAUGGUGAGCAUACAAAUGAUAAUCAGAUUGAUUGUGCUUUUUUUGAUAAAACAGUUACCAGAUUUAAAAAAGGUGGUGCAUCAUGUUGAGUGUACGUUUUACAUGUGUAGUAUGCUCCAUAACAUGCAAAAGUAUUUAUGUAAACCACAACCAAAGCAUACUGAACUGCAUAAGCAUUUAGAAAAUGCAUCUCACCUCUGCCAGUAAUCUAUAUCAUGCCUUCAGACCCUUAACUGUAUGCGCACAGCUCUGAAUGAUUAAGGCAUAUUGUGCCAACGUGUUUCAACUGUACAGUAUUUUGCCAAUGUUAUGGCCUCACGAUAGUUAAUUAUUUGGAUGUAAUUGUAAAUGGAAAUGACUGUCCUGCUUUUUGUGUUUCAUUGAUAACAUUGUAAUAACAUUUGCCACAGGUGGUAAAAUUCUUUGAAAUGGCAUCCAUUCCUUGUCAUGAUGGGCUUUUGACACUUGGGACUGAUAAUUUGCACAUUCCUUUAACUGGAACAUACAGUGUUUAUUUGGGCAGUGUUGCUGUUGUCUCAUUGAUUUAUCUAUUUGUUUCAUGUGAUCAGAAUCUCAUUGUCAUUGACAUUCCAUGUAUGUGGCUUUUCACUGACACUGAGAAUGUGAAUAGCUGGGUGUUUUGUUUGAAAUAAAUCUUUUCAGCAUC